UACAUCAUAGAAUAAACAUAAAUAAACCAAUAUAUCUGUGGAAUGUAACUACAUGAGCAAUUUUAAGGCAGAAAAAAAAUGUGUGUAUGAGUUCUGCAACGUUUUCAGCGUAAGUCUCUUGAAUGCUCCCUGUUUGUCUCUGCUAUUCCUUGAUAACUUCAGGGAUUACCUGGCUCCUGCCUGACACUUUGGACAUUGGGAUCGAUGGCUACCAGGUUGUUGGCCCGGUUCGUGAGCAGGACUCGACCGCCGGUGUCCGGUGCGACACGUACCGCAGUUCGGGGGAUACACCGGUUGUAUUGGACCGCGUCCAGGAAGACUCUGACUGGUGGAAGAUCGGCGUUCCUCCUGGGAAUCCCGGUUCUCUCCUGCCUUGGGUAUGAAGCUUAUCACUGGGUGCAGAGGUCAGCCGUGCUCCAUGCUGCAGGAAAAGAGGACGUCCUGGAGCAGGCUGAUUACCUGUACAGCUGCGCAGAGACGGAGAAACUCUACCAGCUGCUGCUGCAGCACAAGGACAGUGACGAUGCAGAGUUCCUGUGGAGGCUCGCCCGGGCGUCUCGCGACCUCUCCCUCCUGCCCAACAUGGACGCCAAGCAGAAGAAGCAGCUGAUGUUCGAGGCCUUUGAAUAUGCGACGAGAGCGCUGGAGAGAGAUGACAAGUGUUUUGCGGCACACAAAUGGUACGCCAUCUGUCUCAGCGACAUCGGGGAUUACGAGGGGAUCAAGGUAAAGAUCGGAAACUCGUACGUCAUCAGGGAACAUCUAGAGAAAGCCAUCGAGCUCAAUCCUAAAGACGCCACUUCCUUACACAUCCUGGGUUUCUGGUGCUUCGCUUUUGCCGAGCUGCCGUGGUAUCAGCGCAAGGUCGCAGCCGCCCUGUUCUCAUCACCGCCUGUGUCCACGUACGAGGAGGCAUUGGAGUUCUUCCUGAAAGCUGAAGCAGUCGAUCCCGACUUCUACAGUAAGAACCUGCUAAUGCUGGGAAAGACCUACAUGUCCAUGAACGACAAGCCGAGAGCAGCGCUGUGGUUAACCAAGGCCAAAGAUUACCCCGCUCACACACUGGAGGACAAAGAGGUGCAUAAAGAAGCUGUGGAUCUCCUCAAGAAACUGGGAUGAACUCGCGCCCACGACGCCGUCCAAGACUCGAAGAAUGAAUUAAUACAUAAAGCAGAACAGUGAGUGAUCAAGCGUCCAAACAUCCAACCACUGUAUUAUAUAUAUAUUUUAGGAUAAACUUGAGAUAUUUUAAGGAAGAAAUGUUCUGUUACUAGACCUUGUGUUUUGACAAUUAAAGCACAAGUAGAUAGUUCAUCCGGUUCAAUGUGAAUUGGGAAGUUCUGUUUAUACUGGUUAUUCUUUACAUUAAAUUAAUCCAUUAUUUUGUGCAUUAAAGAGUUAAAUCUGCCUUAUAUUCGAGGUAUUUCUCUAAACCAAAGGAAAAGUGUAUCUUUAACUGAACUGUGCCUGCAGGUUUAUUAUUAAACAAUCAUCUCUC